AUGGAGCCAAUCGCCAUUGUCGGCAGUGCGUGUCGGUUCCCUGGAGAUGCAACCUCUCCUUCCAAGCUCUGGGACUUGUUGAGGUCUCCCCGUGAUCUGUCACAAGACAUUGAACGCUUCAAUGCCAAGGGAUUCUACCACGAGAAUGGCCAUCACCAUGGAGCAACCAAUGUGGUUGCGGCCUACAUGCUGGAAGGCGAUCCCAUGCAAUUCGACCCCCAAUUCUUCAAUAUUCAGCCAGGAGAAGCCGAAUCUAUGGAUCCACAACAUCGUCUGUUGCUGGAGACUACCUAUGAAGGUUUAGAAACGGCCGGAAUCCCCAUUGAAACGCUGCGCGGCUCCGACACAAGCGCCUUUAUUGGUGUCAUGAGCACAGACUACACCACCAUGGUCUUCUUUGACAGCGAGUGCACGCCCACGUACUCGGCCACGGGAACAUCCAGAGCCGUCUUGUCCAACAGGCUUUCUCACGCGUUUGACUGGCACGGCGCAUCCAUGACGAUAGACACGGCGUGCUCGUCGAGUCUUGUCGCCAUCCACCUCGCCGUGCAGGAGCUGCGUGCCGGGAGCUCACGGGUCGCCGUGGCUGGCGGAACAAACUUGAUCCUGUCAGCUGAUCCCUUCAUCUCCGAGACAAACUUGGACAUGCUCUCGCCGCAAGGAAAAUGCCACAUGUGGGACGCACGCGCAAACGGCUACGCUCGCGGCGAGGGCAUCGGAGUCGUUGUGCUCAAGACGUUGCGUGAUGCGCUCGCUGACGGUGACCACAUUGAAUCCAUCAUCCGCGAAACAGGCGUCAACCAGGACGGUCACACGCCGGGCAUCACUAUGCCUAAUCCCCAAGCGCAGACCAAACUCAUCAGAGACGUGUAUGCGCGCGCGGGGCUCGACAUCAGCAAGGAAGAGGACCGGUGCCAGUAUUUUGAGGCGCACGGCACUGGCACAAAGGCUGGCGACGCCGUCGAAUCAAAGGCCAUCCACGACGCAUUCUUCCCCGAUAGAGAUGGCGACGAGAAGCUCCAACCGCUCUAUGUUGGCUCCAUCAAGACUAUAAUAGGCCACACGGAAGGAACUGCGGGUGUGGCAGGCGUCAUGCGCGCGUCUCUGGCGAUUCAGAACCGAACGAUACCCCCCAAUCUUCAUUUCCAAACACUCAACCCGGCUAUUGAACCAUACUACGGUAAUUUGCAAAUCCCUACCGAGGCAGUUCCUUGGCCGAGCCUGAAUGGCGGCGUACGCCGAGCCAGUGUCAACAGCUUUGGCUUUGGAGGAGCAAACUCGCAUGUCAUCAUCGAAAGCUAUUCACCCAGCAGCCAUGAUGAAGCACAAUUCGAUUCUUUGCAGAGUUCCAGUGCUUCAGCCUCUUCCGUCAUUUCUCUGGCCUCGAGUACCUCGUCCAUUCCCAGUAUUUCAUCAAUUGCCAGUACCUCACCCAACGUUCUUCCACUUUUGCUAUCAGCGUCGUCUGAAAAGACCCUGCGCAAGCUUGUACAGCAUUAUAUCGCUCAUAUUCGUCAGAAUCCCGAUGUUGACCUGGCAAGCUUGGCUUGGACACUGUUCAAGAGCAAAAGCGCCCUCAACAUCAGGUUGGCUGUUCCUGCGCCAUCGCCAGAAGCAGUGACGGCAACAUUGGAGACUAUACUAAGCCAGCCGAGCGGCGACGCAAAAAGCCCCAUUACUCGCGUCACCUCUCAGCAAAAGCCCCUCAUGGCCGUCUUUACCGGCCAAGGCGCGCAAUGGGCCACCAUGGGCCGCCAGCUUAUACGGAGUUCAAAGCAGGCAGAGGCAACAGUCGACCGCCUAGACUCUGUCCUUGCUGCUUUGCCAGAUUCCUAUCGACCAAAGUGGUCCCUCAAGGACCAACUAUUGGCGGACAAGAGCGAGUCUCGCAUCGAGGAAAGCAUCGUCUCGCAGCCGCUAUGCACUGUUGUACAAGUCAUUGUCGUCGACUUGAUUCGUAGUGCCGGCAUCGAUUUUGACGGAGUAGUCGGGCACUCUAGCGGCGAGAUUGCAGCCGCAUACGCGGCAGGUUUCAUCAGUUCCGACGACGCCGUCAAGAUUGCCUAUACGCGAGGUCUAUGUGCUCACCUGGCCCAAGGUCGCCAAGGCGAGAAGGGCGGCAUGAUUGCGGCUGCCAUGACGCACCCAGAUGCAAAGGAUCUGUGCGAGAACGAGGCGGUGCUGGAUCGCAUCUCUGUGGCGGCCUACAACUCACCGACGAGCGUCACGCUUUCCGGAGACGGGGAUGUCAUUGAUCAAGUGGCCGUUGUUUUGGACGACGAAGAAAAGUUUAACCGCAUCCUCCGGGUGCAAACAGCCUACCACUCGCACCACAUGAAGCCGUGUGUCAGUCUGUACCGCGAAGCGCUGGCCGCUUGCAAUAUCAACAUUCUCAGCCCGACUAGACCUUGCCCAUGGUUUUCGUCCGUAUACGGCGGCAGUCAAGUGGUUGCUUCAGACGAGUUAAAGUGCGAGUAUUGGAUCAAGAACAUGGUUCAACCCGUCUUAUUCUCCGAAGCCGUCUCAGCCGCCUCUCGCGCAUGGCCGCAGGAUACACCCGCCGCUUGGGCCGAGAUUGGUCCACACGCUGCACUCAAAUCUCCAGUACUGGAGACUCUCAAAAGCCUAGGUCAGAACAAGGUAGCCUACUCUGGUACCUUGAGUCGCUCAGCGGAUGACGUCGAUAUGCUGGCGUCUUUUCUGGGAUGGUUGUGGUCAGUCUCUGCCCAGACUAGUCUGGACCUGAACCGGUACGCAGCCCAGUUUUCUCAAAGCAAUCUGAUUACUCUUCGAGAUCUUCCAUCAUACCCCUGGGAUCAUGAUCAUUCCUACGAGUUCGAAUCCCGCAGGUCUCGUGCACAUCGAUUCAGAGAGACACCCGGCCAUGCCCUUCUUGGCGUCCGGGCCGAUACUUGUGGUGACAACGAGUAUCGCUGGGAGAACUAUUUGUCAAGCGAAGAGCUUCCAUGGCUCACAGGUCACAAUAUCCAAGGCCAGAUGGUGGUUCCCGCGGCCAUGUUCCUCGUCAUGGCGUCCGAGGCGGCUACCAUAGCUGCAGCUUCCAUGGGUUUCCAGGGACGGCUCACCGAAUUACACGACUCGGUGAUACAUCGUGGUUUGGCCUUGGACGACGAGAGAGCGGUUGAAACUUUGUUCUAUCUCUCUGAUGUGAAAAUCACAUCGUCCCCGGACCAAGGGUCGAUUCUCUCGGCCAACUACUACUGCGAUGCUGCCAUUACCAAGUCGUCCAAUCGUCUCACCAGCAUUGCCAGCGGCAAGAUUAAGCUAUUCAUCGGUGACCACGUGUCACAGAUGCUUCCAGCACUGCCUCAAUACCACGGCAAACUAGACGAAAUUGAUGUCGAGAGCUUCUAUGACAACCUGCGCGCCAUUGGCUACAACUACAGCGACGCGUUUCGCGGCAUCGCUUCCCUCAAGAGGACCACCAAUCUGGCCACUGGCACCAUUGCGGUAGGGAGCUCGAUCCAGCCAUCUGCAUCAGAGAGCUGGCUGCCAGUUCACCCAGCAGUGCUCGACGUUUCCUUUCAGGCCCUCUUUGCCGCUCUCAGCUAUCCCGGCGACGGAGGCCUCCAGACACUGCAAGUUCCCACCACGAUUAAGCGACUCACGAUAAACUCGUCAGCUCUCUCCGAGUCUACAUCUACAAAUGAUCUGACCUUUAAAGCCUCAUCAUAUGUGCUGGACAGGAGGACAAUCUGUGGUGAUAUUGAAGUUGGAAAUGCCGGCACCGGUCUCGCAACAUUUCGCGUCCAAGGUUUGACUGUUUCGCCUGUUUCGCCGCUCACCGCGCAAGAUGACAAGCAAAUGUUUGCCGACAUGGUACUUUGCUCUGCAAAUCCAAACACUGCACUGCUUCCCAAGCUGUCUGAGGAGGUAAAUUUGGAUACAUUGACCGCAUCGCCUGUGAAUGGGACCGCUGCGCUGCAGGGUGAUUCUCAGCUCAACGGGCAGACGGUGGACAAGAAUGCUUCUACUACUUCUUUCGCAAAUCAAAUUCUGGCCAGUCUUCUCAAACAGAUCACGGAUCGAUACCCAAAGGCCCGUAUACUGGAAAGAACGUCUGGCAAUGCAACCGAAAUUCUCGAUGCAUUCAAAGCGGCCGGUGGCAGGCCGUCGCUGUACGUGCUGGAUGGUAUCGACGAAGCAGUCUUUACAGAAUUAUCUGACUCACGAGAGGAUGCUUCUUCUCUAAGACGAGUUUCACUGCAGCUAGAAAACUCUGAUUUCGUGGAGAAGAAUACUGGCCAAGAGUACGAUGUGGUGAUAUUGCGCGGCGGCCAUUCGCUAGAGAAGGAGACGCUGAAAAAUGUGCGACACCUGAUCCGACCUGGAGGCUAUCUACUCUUCGUUGAUCAACAGAAUGCCCAAGCCUCGACCGGUCCCACGGAAACCUUGGAGACAUGGCACAGCAGACUUGUCGAGGCCGGGUUUGCAGGCAUCGACGCUCAGAGCCGUACAAUGGUUGGCUCAUCCUCCAUCAUGGCUACCAUGGCAACCGAUGAUGCCGUCAAUGCGCUUCGGCAGCCGAUGCUAUCAUCUGGCUCCAAGAUAGCCAAGUUGCUCAUCAUUGGCGGUGACAGUGCUGUCACAAGCGAUUUGAUCAGCCAAUUGCAGGGUCUACUGGCACCCUUUUGCGACGAAAUCAGCACAGUCAAGAGUCUUGCUCAUUUGGAUACGUCCGAUCUGACAGACAAGCCAUUUGUUCUCAGUCUGACCGAGCUCGACUACGACUUUUUUCGCUCCUUGACCGAAAAGACGUUUGUCAAGCUGCAGGAGCUAACCACCCACUCCAAUCGACUCAUUUGGGUGGUUUCUGGUACGCAAGGAGGCAAUCCUUAUGCCAACAUGAUCAAGGGAACCCUUCGUUGUCUCAUCGAGGAAUGUUCUCACCUUGUCACUCAGAUAUUGGACAUUGAAGGCGACGUUCCCGGCGCCUUUCCAUUCAUAGCUGAAGCCGUGGUAGGACUGCAUCGUCUUCACUCCAUCAAGAAGCCCGACCACUUGCUCUGGUCCCACGAGCCGGAGCUGCAUCUACGAAAGGGACAACCGCUCAUCUCGCGCUACCUGCCCAACAAGGACUUGGACUCGGGUUACAACUCUCUUCGGCGUCACGUGCAAGUUGACCUGACUUCAAAGACGGGGCUUCUUCAACUGUCUGCGGCCGAGUCGUCGCUUUCACUCGAGAAAUUGCGUGUCACGGCUCCAUCUUCGUUGCAGUCGACAAAGAAGGAACUCACGACUGAGGUUGCUGUUGACUACUCUCUAUCUGUAUGCGUACAUAUUCCGACACUAGGAUACUUGUAUCCGGUGACUGGAGUGGACGUCCAGACUGGCCGCAUCGUUGCCGCAUUGAGUACUGAAAACAGGUCUCGAGUUUCGGCUCAUAAAGCGUCAUUGGUGCCUAUUUCCGGGCUUUCGGAGCAGCAAGAGAGAUUGCUCCCCGAGAAGCUACGUGAUGUCUUCCGCGCCUCUACAAUCAUUCAGCGCUGCCCCCCAUUCACGAGCGUGGUCGUUCACGAAGCACCAGACAUGCUGGCGCAGAUACUUGCUGACGAGGCGAGAAAAGCAGAAGUGCGACUCAUCUUUACAAGCAGUGACGCGUCCCGAUGCGAGAACCGCUUGGAUCAGGAGUGGAAGCAUAUUGCUCGCCAUGGCUCGACUCGUCAGCUCAACGAGAUUGUGCAGCCAGAUACGCUGCUGUGCGUAGACUGUACUGAGACUGGUUCCAGCAACGGACUCGCCUUUAUGGAACUUGAGAUCCCCUCCGGCAUAGCACUUCUGACCGCUAAAGACUUUUUCCGAGCUCAGAGUUACAAAUUUGGCAAAGUUGACGACGACCGCACGUUCCAGAUUCUACAGGCCGCCGUCGACAAAGCUGCUUCUUUGGUAGCAGAAGAGACCAACAACCUGACUGACAGCACAAUCCAGGUUCAGGAUCUGCCGCAAGAAUUUGCGUUUGGUGUCCCAGCAAAGACGAUUGCUUGGACCAGCAAUCUCCCUGUACGCGCCACUAUACUUCCCGCGCUAGAGGAAUGCCACUUCCGUCCGGACAGGACAUAUUUCCUCGUCGGGAUGGCAGGCAGUUUGGGUCUGUCUACAGUCUCCUACAUGAUUUCACGAGGAGCGAGGUAUUUUGCAUUGUCCAGUCGCAAUCCACAGGUUGAUUCGGCGUGGAUUGCGGCAAAGAAGACAAAGUUCGGCGCCGUUGUCAACACAUUUGCGCUCGACGUAACGGACAAGAGUGCUAUUGAAAAGACAAUUGCAACCAUUAAUGAAACCAUGCCCCCAAUUGCGGGAGUAGCAAAUGGCGCCUUGGUCAUGGAAGAUAGCCUCUUUAUGGAUCUUUCAUUUGAACAGAUGAUGAGAGCCCUUGGGCCCAAGGUGGACGGCAGCCGAUAUCUCGAUGAGCUCUUUGCUCAAGACAGCCUAGACUUCUUCAUCCUCUACUCCUCGCUCGUCAGCAUCGCCGGAAACACGGGACAGAUUGCCUAUGCCGUGGCCAACAGCUUCAUGGUGGGCCUGGCUCAUCAUCGCCGCCGACGUGGACUGGCAGCUUCCGUCAUCAAUCUCACCGGCGUCAGCGGCGUCGGAUUCAUUACACGGACGGGACACAAUAUCCUCGAGCGCAGCAAGGCUCUAGGCUACGACAUUAUAUCCGAGAAUGACUAUUGCUACAUUUUCGCAGAGGCCGUCUUGGCCAGCCCGAGCACCUCGCCUCAGGGGCCCGAAGUGUCGUCGAGUCUGCGCUACGUGGACGUGGCCAACGACAAGGUCGUGCCGCCGUGGGCAUACGACGCCAAGUUUGGACACUACCUGCUCGACCGCUCCGCCCCUGCGUCCAAUGACGCGUCAGACGAGGCUUCGGAGAGCAGUGGACGGUUGAGCCUAGCCGCGCUGCGAUCUGCACCACCGGCCGAGUGUUUUGAUGCAAUCUUGCAUGCUUUCCAGAUUCUCGUGCAAAAGCUGCUGCGACUGCCAGCUGGAGAUCACAUCCCGCCCGAGUCUUCAGUGCUUGACCUGGGAGUCGACUCACUUGUGGCUGUCAAGAUGCGUCAGUGGUUUUUGAAGGAACUGCAGGUCAAUGUGCCAGUCAUGAAACUCAUUGGAGGUGCUACCAUUUCGGAAGUGGUGUGGUCAGUUGUGAAUCAGGUCUCGCCACCAGAAGAUAAAUAA